AUGCAUAUCUCGAACCACGUCGUCACUGCUUUGGCCAUCGCUGCCGGUACUGCCAGUGCCUGGGACACGAAUGGCAAUCACACAGUAACGAUCACCUCUUGCGAGGAAUCUGCUACCGCUGCACCAGUUGUCCCACCCAGUGCUCCUGCUGUCCAACCUAGUGCUCCCGCUGUUCAACCUAGUGCUCCCGCUGUUCAGCCUGGUGCCCCGGAGGUUCCCGCUGGAACUGGCGCACCUGCAGCCCCCGCUGCUCCCGCUGAGUCUGCUGCCCCCGCUGCUCCCGCCGA